AUGCGUGCGUUCAUCAUCCUACUCUUGGCGGGUUUUACCCCGUUCAUAAGUGCAAAGAAAUAUGUACGAGUGUGCUACCAUACAAACUGGUCUCAGUAUCGCCCUGGUCUAGGCAAGUUCUGGCCUGAGAAUAUUGAUCCUUACCUGUGUACCCACCUGGUGUACUCUUUUGCCAAGAUUAACAGGAAUACCGACACAUUGGCCAUGUACGAGUGGAACGAUGACAAAUUAUACCCAAGGUUCAACGCACUCAAACAGAAAAAUCCCACUUUGAAAACCCUCUUGGCCGUAGGAGGUUGGAACCACGAAAAUGCAAACAGUCCAUUUUCCAAGAUGGUCCGCACUGCAGCUUCCAGAAGGGUAAUGUUUCCAAAUCGCCGUAUCCGACCUGAAAAUGUAUUCGUUGUAAAAAAUAAAUUCUUUGUAAAGAGUACUUUACGUAAGCUUGUAGGGUUGAAAGCUUUUAGUCUUAAUAAACAACCUGUGCGUGUGAUCCAGUAACUCCUUAUGUCAAUUUUCUCUUCCCUUUUAUGCUUUAUCGGUGUUUUGAGAACAACCUUUAACCCUUCAAUGCCCAAAAAUGGGGGAGCAAUAUUCGCCACGUCGCCAGUUUGAUCUGUUCCUUUUUUAAAAGAAGAUGAUGCAUUUGCCGUUUUCAAGCUUUGUGGAACUUAAGAAAGCCUUGCGCAAAACUCGGAAAGAACUCCGGGGUAAUCUCUUUCUUCACAAGCAUUGAUUAACAAGAGCAAAUUAUUGUUGUUUUUUAACAUUUAGGUUUUUAUUGAACAUGCAGUAUCGUUUCUGCGAAAGUGGGGAUUUGAUGGCCUCGAUCUGGAUUGGGAGUAUCCGGGUAGAAAAGACAGAGGAGGCUCCGUCCCAGAAGACAAACAGAGGUUCACAUAUCUUUGUGAAGAGCUGUUGGAUGAAUUCAAAGCUGAAGCGGCCCAAACCGGCGAGCAUCGCCUUUUGCUGACAGCUGCUGUAUCAGCUGGUAGGGACACCAUCGAGAAAGCAUACGAGAUCAAGAAACUGGGUAAAGUGCUGGACAUACUCAACCUGAUGACCUAUGACCUUCACGGCAGCUGGGACAAGGUGACAGGACACCACACAGCAAUGGUCGAUAUUACGGGAGAUGGGAAAGAUUACUACGUGCCAUACGCAGCCCAGUACUGGAUAAAGGGAGGAUUUCCACCUGAAAAAAUUGCCCUUGGAAUGGCGACGUAUGGACGAGCGUUCGCCCUUAAAGAUGCGAAUAAUAACGGCCUCGGCGCUCCUAAGGCCGAAUGGACAAGUCCGCCUAAAGGUCAGUACACCCGUGAGCCUGGAUUCCUGGCCUACUACGAGAUCUGCAAAAUGGGUUUGACUAUUGUUACCGAAAAUGCAGUGAAAGCUCCAUACGGGUACAAUAGCAGAGGGUGGGUAGGCUUUGAUGACCAACAGAGUCUGAAAUACAAGAUUGCAGAGGUGAUAAAAAAGAAGAAUCUCAUGGGAGCGAUGUUUUGGGCUCUUGAUUUAGACGAUUUUAGUGGCAAACAUUGCGGUCAAGGCACAUAUCCCCUAAUAAACUCAGUGAAAAAGGCCCUGGAAACCAACGUACCACAACCACGUCCAACUACUCCACCUUUUACCACUUCAGCACCAGGCCCUGAAACGACCACCGGACCCGUCCCUGUCACUACGACUGAACCUGGCCCUGUAACAACAGCGGUAUCAUGUCCUGUAACAACCUCGGGGCCGGUACCUUCAACCCAGCGUCCAGUUUCACCAGGUCCCGGAAAAAAUUGUGAGGCAAUCCCACCAUACAAUACCGGACCGAAGAUGGAUGAAUGGUGCAAGUUAAACUGUGCAAUGGGAAAUUGUCCAGCGAGUCACUGCAAGUGCACCUAGAAAGAAGCGCGGUGACUGAUUGAUUGAUUGAUUGACUCUAGUGUGUUUGGUUUUUGUUAGGCCAUGAAGUAGAAAUAAAAUAAGCGUUGCAACAAAUUAUAAACACUCUUGUAGAUUAAUUAAGGGGUAUCUUUUUACGGUUUUAAUUAGUGAGUAAAAAAGAGUUUCAAAAAUUAUAUUAAUAAUAACGGGAAAGGUCAAGGGUACUGAAUAAAACAUAAACUUACAAUUGCACAUAGCACUAAAACGCCAAGUAUCCUCACAUUUCCUUCCGAAACGGAAGUUUGUAAAUCAUACUCAAACGUCGCAGUUAAUUUAUGCUUAACGACUCACAUCUUUAGGGGUGAAAAUCUUGGGAUCAAGGAACGGUUUAAUAAAAAAGGUCCAUCACAAUCUCUUUUACGUUAAGACGACUCGAUGGGGUAUUUUUCAGGGUCAAUACCUCCCACCUUUGAGCAGAAACUACGUCACCAUUAACAAAGGUUUGCAAAGGUUACCACCACAGCUGUAUUAUAGAUGAAGAUGAAAUUUGUUAUGGUCAGUGUUACAAUGACAUCAGACUUGUUAUAGCAACGAAAUGACGACGGAGUUUUUUCUUCCAAUAGUCCCCUCUAUGCUUGUGAAGUUUAAGCGAAGAAAGCGUUAUCGAGAUACUUUGGGAUGAAGUGUUUAUGGAAGGAAUACGGUAAAAAACGGACAUCUUGAUGUUCGGCCGUUAUACUGACGGAAACGAAGCGCUUUUGAAAUGCGGUCUUACCUCAUUAUAGUAGUCUCAAUCUUUUUAAAAAAGUGUAUGAAAGAUUAUGGGUAUAGCUUUGGCCGAUUGCAAGAAAGAAGGAUUUGAUUAGUUUAUAUUAAGGCGCUCUUGCUAGCGGUUUUGUAAACAUUUUGGUCUACUUACACAAAUAACUGAAUAAUUUUCAAACCGCUCGACAUAUUUCUUGCACUUGCACUGUCACUUUUCUUUACGAUUUUUUUAAUUCUAGCGUCCGUCCUUCUGCUGUCGAAAGGUAAAACUCAAAAAGAAUUUGUUCGAUUGAAAUAGUAGUUUGAAGGAUGUUUUGUAAGCAGUAAAGUGUCGGAUAAUUUUUUCGUUCUAAAAUAGCUUUGAUGCCUUGCAUUUUUGCAUGAUCAUCCAACUUUUUAAAGUCCUAUUUCCAAAUUGUUGUGUAAUCGCAAACGAAAAUGGCACAAUCCCGAUACGGUUCUGGGCAAACUUUGAAGUGACACUGCGUGACAGAGCCACUGGCAACCACAAUUGCCGACAAGAUUGAAAAUACUACACAAAAACACGAUCCUUAAAAAGUUCAACGUUUUAAAGAACACCUUUUGUUAUUUUCCUGGAAAAAUAAUCGAUUGUUCAAACCCAUGAGAACAAAUAAGUCAAUUAGGGAGGAACUGAAAGUGGAAAAUCAAUGGUUAAAGAUCUUUAUAAGGAAAAAAAAGCUGAAGUAUUUUGGCCAGUUGAAAAGAAGUGAGGGCUUGGGAAAGAUCAUCUUGGAGGGAAAAAUAGAUGGGAAACGAGGAAGAGGAAGACCGAGAAGGCAAUGGGAAAAGGACAUACGGAAUGUUUUCGACAACAGAGGUCUAUGGGGAUAAGCAGUUUACGUAGUAGCUCCGAAGGGGAGUGGGGCUGAGGAAUACAAAUAUUUGGAGCAAACCAUGUGAACUGUCAAAUCCCCUGUUAAUCGUAGAUCAUAUAUACCCCUGGGUAACGUAAGAAGCCUGAGUGAAUGCGGAUUAGCAGAAUUUAAUCACUGAUAUUUUAUUCUACAUCUCUGUCCCAAUACCUUAUACAUUACAUUAUUGCACCUUAAUCAGUAAAGCAUUUUUGCUUUGUCUUAAUCACAUUUGCAGUGACUCGCAGGGCAAUUUCCAAUUGCACAAUUUGAGCUGCACCAUUCAUUCAUGCCUGGUUGCUGAUCGUAUGGUGGUAUAGCUACGCAUCUCCCUGUGGGCGUGUUAGUUGGUGGUACCGGAGGUAACGUCGUUACAGGGCUGGGUUCAGUGGUUGUAGCACCAGGUGAAGGAGUCUGCACCGUUGGCCGAGGUGGUGGGGUGUAGCCCCCCAAGUACUUUUUCACGGCGUUUAUCAACGGAUAUUGACCUUGACCACAUUGCUUGCCACUGAAAUCAUCUAAAUCCAGGGCCCAGAACAUUGCACCCAUAAGACCCUUUUUCUUGAUAACCUCGGUUGUCUUGUUUUUCAGGCUAUCCUUAUCGUCAAAGCCUACCCAGAUGGUACCGUUGUGGCCGUAUGGAGCAUCGACUCUAUUUACUGUGACAACAUUCAAGCCAAGCUUGCAGAUCUCGUAGUAGGCCAGGAAUCCUGCUUCACGGGUGUACUGUCCCUUGUGAGGCUUCUGCCAAUCGUGCUUUGGGGCACCGAGACCACUGUUGCUGGGGUCUUUCAGGGCGAACGCUCGUCCAUACGUAGCCAUACCGAGAGCGAUCUUAUUUGCAGGAAAACCUUUGUCAAUCCAGUACUGGGCUGCGUAAGGCACUGUCAG